AACGGAACCGGAAGUUCCGCCAUCUCCUUGUACCAUUCGAGCUACAACAGGGUCAGUAUAGACUUAAUUUAGAUGUUAAUUAUGGUAUAUUGUCAACAGUUAUUAAAUAUUAUGAGUAAUAUUGACACAGUAAACGUUCCAUAACCAUCAGUUUUAUGUUAAGGAUGGUGGUAUCACUCGAUCAGAUCAUAAAUACCACUCGUAUUCUGUUGCCACUUGAACUGCUAGCAACAGGGUUCAACGUUAUCUCAUCUGUUUGCACCAUUGGCUACUUCAGCUACCUAGCUAGGUAAAUAGCAAUGAUUCAUUCAGUGUCGUGACAGGAAUACCUAUAUUUAGUUAGUCGGGUUUCUCUUUCACGCUUUCCCCUUAACCCCCACCACAAUUGUAAAACGUUAAAAUUGAUCGCUACUGAGAAAGCCAAGGAGAAGGGGAGUUAACGAUUGGUUUUAUCACCCCAAAUCUGCGCUUUUGGGACUCAAUGUCUCUGUAGGAGAGAUGGACAGGCUGAGACAGAGCACUCUGUAAACGACUGGAGCCGGAAAGAGAGAAACCAAGUGAGAGAACACUAUUCCUUUGUAACAGAUUUUCUGUGGAACCCGACAGCCAGACGGUUGCCAUGUCGACCUCAUCGCUACGGCGACAAGUGAAGAACAUUGUCCACAACUUCUCAGAGGCCGAGAUCAAGGUGCGGGAAGCAACGUCCAAUGACCCAUGGGGCCCCAGCAGCUCUCUGAUGUCAGAGAUAGCAGACCUGACCUACAACGUAGUGGCCUUCUCUGAGAUCAUGAGCAUGGUGUGGAAACGACUCAACGACCACGGCAAGAACUGGAGACACGUCUACAAGGCUAUGACUCUCAUGGAGUACCUCAUAAAGACGGGUUCAGAGCGCGUUGCUCAGCAGUGCAGAGAGAACAUCUACGCUGUCCAGACUCUCAAGGACUUCCAGUUCAUCGACAGAGACGGCAAGGACCAGGGGGUGAAUGUGCGGGAGAAGGCCAAACAGCUGGUAACACUGCUGAAGGACGAGGAGAGACUACGAGAGGAGAGGAUCCAUGCACUCAAGACCAAAGAGAAGAUGGCACAGACCACCAGUGCCUCUUCGGCCCCCUCAGCUCCAGGUCUGGGGGGUGGAGCGCUGUCUCAGGGCUCUCACUCUGGAGGGGCGGACCCAGAGCAGGCGUGGCCACAGAGCUCCGGUGAGGAGGACCUGCAGCUGCAGCUGGCCCUGGCCAUGAGCAAGGAGGAGGCAGAACAGACUACUGUGGCCCCUCUGGAGGACGCAGAGCUCCGCUAUGCACUCACACUCAGCAAGGAAGUACAAGAACAGGAGGAGAGGCUGCGCAGGGGGGACGACCUGAGACUGCAGAUGGCCAUCGAGGAGAGCAGGAUGGAGAAGGCCAAGCCAGAGGAGAGUGCGUUAAUGGAGUUGAGUGCUGUGGACCCCUGGGGGGCUCCUGCUGCUGCCUCUGGGGGCUCUGCCGGCCCCUCACCCCCUCCCACAGUCCCCCUCCCAGCCCCCUCUGCCUCUGGCCCCUGGGGCCUGGCCCCUGCAGAGCCUUGGGGCGCCUCAUCGCCCGCCUCACCCCCCAGCGUAGACCCAUGGGCUAGUGGAGGGACGGCCCCUCCAACGAUAGCCCCCCCGCCAGACCCCUGGGGAGAGACGGCCUCCUCAAGAGUCAACUCUGUUGACCCCUGGGGACCCUCAGCUGUGACCCCCCCCAGUGUCGACCCCUGGGGCCCCUCUGUGCCCCUCUCCACCACCUCCUCUUUUGGGGGGCCAAUAGACCCCUGGGCUGGGGACGGGGUUGACCCCAUCACCUCUGACCCAUGGAGUGACUCCGCCAAACACACUAAUGGCACAGGACACCCAGAACUGCGAGGUCAGUUAACGGGUGACAGUGCGGGUUCUCCGGUGCCCUUUGACCUCACAUCUCUGUGCUCUUCACUUCCUGUCCGUAAGACCCCCGAGUCGUUCCUGGGGCCCAACGCAUCGCUGGUGGACCUGGACUCCCUGGUGUCUUCUAAACCCAAACCUAAACAACCUCCUCCUCCAUCAAUCUCCUCUUCAACACACAACCCCUUCCUCCAGACCACAGCCUCGUCUUCAGCCCCUGGCAUGGCAGUCACCCCGGGCAGCACAAUCUCUAGCAGGGGGGUUUCCCCAACGCCACCCCCCACCUCCAACCCGUUUGGCGCGGCCGCUCCCAUGUCCUCCAUCUCCCCACAGCCCUCCACACUGGGCCUCAGCGGCCUCCGCACCAGCCCUGUACCACCCAACCCCAUGGCAUACCCUGGCAUGGGCUUGGGGUCUAUGGGUAUGGGAGCACCAGGCCUGGGGAUGGGCAUGAUGCAGAGCCCUAUGGGAAUGUCCCCCUACGGCGGGCUCUCGCCCAUGGGUCCUCCUGGGUCCUCUCACUUCAUGGGGCCCGGAGGGGCCCUGCCCCCACAGCUGAAUUUUGGGGGGUCUACGGGGGCAGCUGGAGUGAUGGGAGCCGGGGGAUCAGUGGGAGGGGCUGGAGUGACGGGCGCCAGCACCAAUCCCUUUCUUCUUUGAGGACGUUUCGGCACUCCCUCUUCAACACCCAAUCCAGGCCCUGCCCCGCCCCCCCAGAGCGAUCCUCCUUCAACACAAACUAUUUCUGUUUCCAAAUAGAAACGUGUUCAUCUCUAUAUUUAAAGAAGAAAAAAGAACAUCUGAAUUUGUUAUUUUCUUUCAGAAGCAUUUACAUGUAUUUUUCUCCUAGCUCAGAUGAAUUUCAACAACAAAAAUAUUUUGGUUCCUUUCAUUUCAGUGGGAUGUAGCGGGAGGGAAAUAGAGGUUUAUUUAUUUUUAUUUAGUUUUAAUGCGUUUUGGUUUCUUUCAGUCCUUUCUGAAAUAAAGGUGGGUGUUUGAGAGUUAGGCUUCAUCAGUAAUGUCACUCUGAUAUAAUAUUGUAUUAUUGCACUGACAGAGAUGGGGACAUGGCCACUAACAAACUGAAACACAAACAAAUUCCUGUACCUGCCUCUUCCUCUUUGUCUGUAGAAGAGAAUGAUAGGAGGAUCACUGACAUGAAAAGAGGAGGAUUGAAGGAGGAUUUUAUUUAAAAAAAACUCCUGAACAAGAUUGGGACUGAAAAAGCUGGCAUUAACAUUUCAGCCACAAUAUAGUCAAAUCAUUCAAUAGCUGUUCUAUUUUUUAUUUAAUGUUUAAUAUAAUUUAUUGAUCUUUUUUUCCGCUCCUGGGAAUGAAUAAACAAGGGGAAAAAUUACGCAAUUAUGCCAUUAAAUCAAAUGCUUAUUUUUUCUUACUGAUUGUCAUGGAAAUCAAAAGAAGGCAUCUAUUGAGUUGGUUGAGGAGAGAUGGGAUGUGUUUUGUAAAUGUGUUGUGUGGAAGAGGAGUGUGAGUGAAUGUGUCUGUCUCCAUUCAUCCUGCGUCCUCGCUUCUUUUUCAGUGACUCAGAAGGCAAGAUACAAAUCUAUUAUUUUUGUUUUUAAAAAUUGUCACUUGUAUCAAUGCUAUGUAAUGUUGGGAUUUUAAAUGAGGUAUUAUAAGGGUCACAUUUUUCAGCCAAUUUUAUUUCACAAAUGUUUUGUAUUAAUCAGAAGCAUUAGUCUUUCUCACUCUUUCAUACAGGAUGCCUAGUCUGCAGGUGUCUCUCGACAUGACUGGACCCUCCUUUCCUUUCUGUCCCUCGCUCCUACGGGGGGAGAGCUACAGAUGCUUCUUUUAAAAAGACUUAAUUCAAUGAAUGAAAGAAGUGAAACAACAGGGGACUUUGAUGACUUGCUCCUUGCUGUUUCUUUUCAUUUGGUUUGAUGAAUUGAUUGUUAUUUUAUAUCAACUAAAAGAUCUCUUUUAUUGGGAAAGGUCACAUUUUGUGUGGUGUUAACUGUGAACAUUCACAUUUGAAAAGUAAAAUGGAAAAAAAAAUAAAGAAAUAAAACAAAUCCA